UCAUAUGGUAGUCAAGGUACACAUGCACCAUCUGGGCAAAGGUUAAUAGUUUCAGUAAGGAGCAAACGUUCUUCAUUCUCUACGUCGCGAACAAGAUGUCGACGCAUAAAAAGAAGACAAGGAAGCUCCGUGGUCACGUGAGCCAUGGCCAUGGACGUAUAGGUAAACACAGGAAACAUCCUGGUGGACGUGGUAAUGCUGGUGGUUUGCACCAUCAUCGUAUCAACUUUGAUAAAUACCAUCCUGGUUACUUUGGAAAGCUUGGUAUGCGAAAUUAUCAUUUAAGGCGGAAUACGAAAUGGUGCCCCACCUUAAAUUUGGAUAAACUAUGGACAUUAGUUUCUGAACAAACCAGACUUAAGUAUAAGGAUUCAGAAAACAAAGUUCCAGUAAUUGAUUUGGUUAAAGCAGGAUAUUACAAACUUCUGGGUAAAGGACGACUUCCUAAACAACCAGUUAUUGUUAAGGCCAAAUUUUUCAGUAAACUGGCAGAAGACAAAAUUAAGGCAGUUGGAGGAGUUUGUGUUCUGUCUGCCUAAGCAUACUGGAACCGAAACGUUCAUCAACAAAUCUUCUGUACAUUCUAAUACGUUUAUAUUCUUAAUAAAUGUUAACAGAGAAAAAAAGAAAAA